AUGCCUUCUCCCUCCGCAGCCCUCAAAGGCCGCGCCGCCGCCGGAAACUCAUCCGCAAGAGGACCCACGCCCGGCCGCGCCGCCGCCGUGUACAGCGAAGUUCAAACAGGCCGCCUCAACCACUCCCUCCCGCUCCCUUCCGUCCUCAGAGGCUCCUUCAACGUCGUCGACGGUCCGCCGAGCUCUGCCGCCGGAAACCCAGAUGAGAUUGCGAAGCUGUUUCCGAAUCUGUUUGGACAGCCAUCGGCAAUGGUGGUGGGGGGAGAUGGUGAAUCGGGUCAGAGUUUGAAGAUUGGUGUGGUUCUGUCAGGAGGACAGGCUCCUGGUGGGCACAAUGUGAUUUGUGGAAUUUUUGAUUACUUGCAGGAUCGGACAAAGGGAAGCACAAUGUAUGGAUUCAGGGGGGGUCCUGCCGGGAUCAUGAAGUGUAAGUAUGUUGAGUUGACGACAGACUUCAUCUAUCCCUACAGAAAUCAGGGCGGCUUUGAUAUGAUCUGUAGUGGCAGGGACAAGAUUGAAACUCCAGAGCAGUUCAAGGAAGCAGAAGAAACAGCUUUGAAACUUGAUUUAGAUGGGCUAGUUGUCAUUGGUGGGGAUGACUCAAACACCAAUGCAUGCCUCCUUGCUGAAAAUUUCAGGGGGAAAAAAUUGAAAACCCGUGUAAUUGGAUGUCCAAAGACCAUUGAUGGUGAUUUGAAGUGCAAAGAGGUUCCCACAAGUUUUGGAUUUGACACUGCAUGCAAGAUCUAUGCAGAAAUGAUUGGAAAUAUCAUGACAGAUGCUCGAUCAACUGGAAAAUACUAUCACUUUGUGAGGCUCAUGGGACGAGCAGCUUCUCACAUAACACUGGAGUGUGCACUGCAGACUCAUCCGAACAUUGCCAUUAUAGGAGAGGAGGUUGCUGCUGGAAAGCAGACACUGAAGAAUGUUACUGAUUAUAUUACAGGCAUAAUCUGUAAACGUGCAGAGCAUGGUCUUAACUAUGGUGUCAUACUUAUACCAGAAGGCCUGAUUGAUUUCAUUCCUGAGGUACAACAGCUUAUUUCUGAGCUCAAUGAGAUCCUAGCUCAUGAUGUUGUUGAUGAAGAGGGUGUAUGGAAAAAGAAACUUCGCAACCAAUCCCAUCAGCUUUUUGAAUUUUUACCUCAAGCAAUUCAGGAGCAGCUGUUGUUAGAAAGAGAUCCUCAUGGGAAUGUUCAGGUUGCCAAGAUAGAAACAGAAAAAAUGCUUAUUGAAAUGGUGGAAACUGAAUUGGAGAAGAGAAAGCAGGAAGGCCUAUACAAUGGGCAGUUUAAAGGACAAUCUCACUUUUUCGGUUAUGAGGGGAGAUGUGGUCUGCCUACAAACUUUGAUGCCAACUACUGUUAUGCCUUGGGUUAUGCUGCUGGAGCCCUCCUCCAAUCGGGAAAGACUGGAUUAAUUUCUUCAGUAGGAAAUUUGAAUGCUCCUGUUGAAGACUGGACGGUUGGUGGAACAGCAUUGACUUCCUUGAUGGAUGUUGAGAGGAGGCAUGGGAAGUUCAAGCCAGUGAUCAAGAAAGCAAUGGUGGAACUUGAAGGAGCACCAUUCAAAAAAUUUGCAUCAAUGCGGGAUGACUGGGCGCUUCAUAAUCGAUACAUUAGUCCAGGUCCCACUCAGUUUGUUGGCCCAACUGCCAAUUAUAUCAACCACACUCUUAUGCUGGAGCUGGGAGCCUAGGCUUAGGAACAUUAGUGGGUUCUUGUUGAUACCCAGUCUUGUAUUUUUCCCAAUGAUAAGUUUAUUCAUGCGUUACUUCUGC